GGCUUGGUCUGCGCCUCACCCCCGGGUCCGGCUCCGCCCGCAGCGGCGGGGCGAGCAGCACCAGCGCCGCUGGACAGCGCCGGCGGCUCCACGGCAGCGAGGACCCGGCCCGCGGUUCCCCCGGGUGUCCGCUCUGGCCCCCGCGGGUGCGGAGAGACGGCCGGACCGCGGCUCCGCGGCGGCGGCGGCGCCCCGAGGACGCUACCGGGGGCGAGGGCAGGCUGCGGUCCUGAUGGCAGUUGGUGCUCAGGAGGCGCAGGAUCUUGCCCUCCCUCCCCCCGGGAGCGGGCCUGUCCGAAGAGCUGAAAGGGAGCGGCGCGGGAGUUUUUACCCCCCCCACCCUCUGCCACUGCACAGGCGGACAGCGCUUCCUCUGCAUUUCUGAGAGGAGAAAACUCGGCAGAGAAAAAGGGGAAGGAAGAAAGGCAGAAGGGAUAAAGUUGGUUGACUUGCAGGGAGGUGAAGCUUUCCAGUGGUUCCCAUUGCACUUUGCACGGGACAACCCCGAUCUGCCUGAAGCUGGAGGAUGGAGGGAGAGCUGGCUCCCGAGCUCACAGCAUUGCCCCUCGGGGAGAAUGGGAGCGCCCGGCUGGUGCCAGACACAGCCCUGCUGUCCCCAGCACGGGGCACGGCCAUGUUCAUCAUCCGCUGUGUGAUUCCUUCACUUUACCUGCUCAUCAUCACUGUGGGCUUGCUGGGUAACAUCACCCUCAUGAAGAUCUUCAUCUCCAACAGUGCCAUGAGGAGUGUGCCAAACAUCUUCAUCUCCAGCCUGGCUGCCGGUGAUCUGCUGUUGCUAGUGACCUGUGUGCCUGUGGAUGCCUCACGGUAUUUCUCCGAGGAGUGGCUCUUUGGGGAGGUGGGCUGCAAGCUCAUCCCUGCUAUCCAGCUCACUUCGGUUGGUGUCUCUGUCUUCACCCUCACUGCCCUCAGUGCUGACAGGUACAAAGCAAUUGUAAAUCCCAUGGAUAUCCAGACCUCCAGUGCAGUGCUAUGGACCUACGUUAAAGCCAUUGCCAUCUGGGUAGUCUCCAUGCUCCUAGCAGUUCCUGAAGUGGUAUUCUCUGAACUGGCCCACAUCAAUGACACAAAUAAUGCUACUUUCACAGCAUGCAUACCAUACCCCAUGACAGAUGAUAUGCACCCGAAGAUCCAUUCUGUGCUGAUUUUCCUUGUGUAUUUCCUUAUUCCUCUUGCCAUUAUUAGUAUCUACUACUAUCAUAUUGCAAAGAGUUUAAUAAAAAGUGCUCACAACAUCCCUGGAGAAUACAGUGACCAUUCCAAAAAGCAGAUGGAAACUCGGAAACGUCUGGCAAAAAUAGUUCUAGUUUUUGUUGCCUUCUUUGCUGUCUGCUGGUUUCCUAACCAUGUGCUGUACAUGUACCGAUCUUUUAAUUACAAUGAGAUUGAUCCAUCGACAGGACAUAUGGUUGCUACCUUAGUGGCCCGAGUGCUAAGUUUCUGCAACUCUUGUGUCAACCCAUUUGCGCUGUAUUUUCUCAGUGAGAGUUUUAGAAGAUAUUUCAACAACCAGCUUCGUUGCAGGAGGAAAGCUCAGCAAGAGAGAUCUGCCAGCUACUUGCGCAACUCUUCUGCCAUUCAAAUGACUUCCCUGAAAAGCAAUACCAGGAACAUCGUGACUAGCACAACACAACUGAAUGGGCACAACUUGAAACAAGAAAUGUCAUUAUAAUUUAAUAAGUGUGAUUUUUGACUGUGGAACAAAUUUGAACUUUUUCUUUGCAGUUUGUACCUCACUUUUGGCUCUCUUAUGCUUAGACCAUCUGAAUCCUCAGCACAGAGGAUCUGUUAAAGACUAGCCAAUCUGAGGUUGUUUUACACCUAGUCUUUUAGAUAGAAGUGAAGAGUAUGGUUUAUUGAGAAAAUAAAACUGAUUGGGUUCAUAUUGUACUUUAAAGGAUAUGCUAAUAUACGUUUAACAUACAAGAAAAGAAAAUAGUGAAUAUUAGUGUAGCUGGUCUAAAUUUGCUUUAAAAAGUACAGAUUUUCUGAUAUGAAAAUAUGUUUUUUUAACUGAAUAUUGAUCCAAACUCAUGUCUUACUCUAAUAGAUUUUGCAUGUUUUUAACUGUGCUGUGUGUACAAGCAUUGCUCAUUAAGACUGAUAGGCAUUUUUGGAACCAAUUAAGGAGUCAUUGCAAUGCAUAGAUUCUAGUUUCAGAUUAAAAAAACCAAUCAAGUAUCCAGUGCCAGAUCUUUAUCUCAUUUAAAACUAGCUUGCUUUUUCACUUUGGUAGACAUACAAACAUUCUCAGAAUUUACUUUUUGGGGUUCUGUUUGCUGUUGGGAUCAGAAGUUUAUCUGCUAAAUUUAUAUUCCUUUCAUGAUUAUCAUGUCAAAAGAAAAGUGUUGUGCAACGUGUAGGUUUUCUAGAACUCAGUGUCUGAAAACUCAUUUUUCUGAUUCGUUAAGUCUGCAACAUUGUUGGUUUAGAGUGUUUACAUGGUUUAUAUUUGCUACAACUUGCUGAUAUCAGUACACAGCUAAGGACACUAAGAGUAAUGCGAUAGCUGAAUACUAAAAGAGGUAAAGUUCUGAGUGGCUUUUUCAAAGUGGGUCUGCAGCAAGGCUUCCCCCAGCUCUGAGCAGUCUCAGAGUGCAGGACCCAGAUGACUAGCAGACAAAACCAAACUGAAAGCUGCCCUGUAGGAAUACAUUUAACAUGCUCUGAUCACUAAUGAUCAUCCAACCCAGGGGACCAGACAAUCUCCAGUCUGAAAUAGCCCCCAGGUAGUGAAAUGUGGUCAGUGCAGGUCUGGGACUAAACCAGCAGAGAAUGGUGGGUGAAACUGUAGUUACCAAUUACAAUCCUGUCUAGAAUGAAUUUGCUAGAAGGGCUGCUCUCUCUUUUCAUUCACAUUCCUCUCCUGGGGAUACCUUAUACAAGGCUUGCAAAGGUGCCCUUCAGACCACAAGAAAGCAAGCAAUUAGGCUUUUAAGCACCUCUUUUUUGACUCCUUUUUUCUUUUAACUCUUUUUUCAAAUCAGCCCAUGUGUUAACACAGCUAGUCAAAUAGGCAUAACAACUCAAGCUUGUUGCUGCAAAAACUCAUGUAAGGCUACCCACAGGAAAAUUUCUAAUCUGUCUCAGGGCUGCACCAGCUCUUGCUGAAUGAGCUAAUGGGGUAGGAGCUGAUUCCUCUCUUAUACAGCUGUGUGUUGUCAGACUAAUAACUGUUCCCCAAGCCAGGUGAGCGGUUAGUUGGGGCAGGGUCUAUUCUGGGUCUGAGCUCCAAAGAGGAGAUUCUCACAAUGUCCUUAGGAGGAAGGGCAGUACUGGCUGACAAUGGCAUCUUGUGGAAGCAGUUUUUUUAUGGCCAGUUCAAGAGCCAAAUGUAAUUUUAAAUAGAUUUUUCUUUUAAAUUGGGUGGAACUGCUCCAGCACAGAUCUGUCUCUAUCACAACAGUGUAACUUGUACUUCUGCAGUGACUUCUCCAAGGUGAACAGUAGAAAGUACACUAGCAAUUUAGAUUGGAUUUCAAAAUUAGUUGCAAGUCUUAUAAUUUCAAAAGCUGAAGUGCUAAUACAGUGUAGCAGGUUAUAGUUGCUUUUGUCCUUAUUAAUGCACUUGCUGUUAAUUUAGUUCUAGUUGUAAUUCUGUGGAACCAGCUGAAGUUCCAAAUUUCUUCCCCAAUUCACAUAUCUUCAAGGCUAGUUAUCCUCCUACUCCAACUUUAUAGCAACAAGAAGAUAUAUUGAUGUAAAUCUGUAUGUUGUUUUAGUUGAUUACCUGAAAAAAAUCCCCAGCUGAUAGCACUCAACACAGAAACUGACAGAUUGAAGAUCUGCAUGUCAAAUCAGCAUGGUCCAGCUGGUGGAACCUACAGUAUGUAACGUAGUUAAAGCUGUGUGCAGCAUUCAAAUGACAAAAUUUAUGAAGUUCAGAAUGGACCAGCUCCAUACUGCUUGCCCUAGCUGACUUCAGAGGCCCUGUGGCUUCAGUGACUCCUUGGAAGCCUUCAUAUGAAGGAGCAGAUUGACAUGGUCUUGUAAAUCUACCUGCAAUAGUUUAGGAAGUUGUCAUCUAUAACUGCCUAGCACUGCCUCAUUCUCCUCUUGCUCCAUUUUGCUCCAUUAUCUCUUUCCGUGCCUUAAUUCUGCAUGAGCCCACAUGUUCUCAGAACCCCUCUUUAAUUUUAUUACACUAGUUCUUCCAGAAUGCCAGUCAGAGUUUUGGAUUCCUCUGCUCUGAUCAGUAUUGAAUAAUUUGUACUCAUGGAUAUUUUACACCCACAAAACACGAAAGCUUAAAGCCUUCCUUUCUCAAUUCUCAAUAAUGAUCAUUGACUGCGAUCAGGUUUCACUUUUAUUUCUGCAUUUUUUUUUUCUGGUUCCCUGACUCAUUUUGUUUGGCAAUUUUUCUACACAUCAUAACAUUUCAUAGAACUUCUAAAUCCAUUGUGUUUUUUUACUUCUUGAAAGCAUUUGUCUGAUGUGGAUAUUAUCAGAUGACACAGGUAGCCUACCAGAAAAAUAAUAAUCUAAUUUAUAGUAGAUUUGAUGCUUGUGUUUGAUUUAUACUCUUGACUCAGUGUCUUAAAUUGCAAUGUGUGGUAUGGACAGCUUAAAUCUGCCUUCUGGAGAACUGCAAGCUAUAACCUGUUAUUUUUUUUUGUUGUGUGCUGAAGGUGUUCCCAGAUAGACCAUAACUUCUUUUUGUCAGGAAAUCAGCACAGUUUUGGUUCUUUAUUUCCCAGGCCUAAUAUUCAAAGCCUGUUUUGAGUAAGUAGCCUAAAUUGUAUAUGCCUUCUCUCAAAUUCUUGUGGUGUGGUGUGGGGGAAUUAGUUAAUCUGUCUGGAGCUUUACUAAGCAUAUUGCUAGCCCAGUCUGUACAUUUUGGAAGUGUCUGUUACUGUGCUUUUAUACACAUUGUACAUCUGGAUGUAUGAUGCUAUUUCUAGACAACACUGCUUACUAACCAUUAAAAAGAUGAUUGUAGAACACA